AUGGCUGGUACAGACGCAUCUUCGCUAAACAAGAUCAUCGCACUAAUCCGCAGCGACCUUACUAACUCGCAGGGUGACAAGUCAAUACUCGAAUGCGGGAGCCCCGCCCUUUACCUUCUCCCACAACACCCAGACAUGUGCCUGCAAUUGGCUCACCAGAAGUUACUCUGCGUACCAUAUAAGGACGUGAAGGAAUGUUGGCGCCGACUGUAUACGGACGCGGCGCUCUGGAAGGUAGUGGCGGUGCUCGAGAAACAAGAGAUUUCUGGGGACGGAAGUAAAGAGCUGGAGGGCGCGGGGCAAGAGCUGAAAGAGCAGGAUGAUUGGAUUACAGAGGUUGUGAAGAUUAUAGAUAUGGCGCUUAUUUUGACGGGCGCACCACUGAGGGAGGAUUUGGUCGUGGAUGUCUUGGACGCGUUAAAGGGUGUUAUUGCGGAGCAAACCGAUGGACCUAAACGUCCUUUCAAAAGGCAGAGAUUGGACACAGAGCACCCAGCAUCUCUAAGAGCAUCUGGAUACCCGCUGGUGUUUCCUUCUACCAUCCGACUUACCCCAAAACUCCGGUUUCCCAUUCCCCGCAUCAACAAUAUGAGCCUCGAAGAAUUCCAGACUCGCAUUUUGAAUCCAGAAACCCAGACACCAAUCAUAAUCACCGGCGCCAUUGAUCACUGGCCGGCUUUAGAAAGUAGGUCAUGGAGCAAUCCAGCAUACCUCCUUUCUCAUACCCUCAAUGGGCGGCGCCUUGUCCCUGUGGAAAUCGGGCGGAGCUAUACCGAUCAUGGCUGGGGGCAAAAGAUUCUCAGCUUUGGGGAGUUCAUGAGGGACUACAUGUUUGAUUCAAGAUCGGAUAACGACAGGAAAUCCGGAAUCCCAGAUGCCCUAACCACUUCCAACACUUCACGACAUCCACCUUCAAAAUCUUCUCGAUCACAAACUGGGUAUCUAGCCCAACACGACCUUUUCACUCAAAUUCCCUCCCUUCGAAACGAUAUCUCCAUCCCUGAUUACUGCUACUGCGAGCCCCCUUCCUCACACCCUCCAUAUCCAUCUCAAUCCUCUCCCUCCAUGCCAGCGGUCUCUAAACUCGACAUCCCUCUCCUAAACGCCUGGUUCGGUCCCAGUGGUACCAUAUCCCCUCUCCACACUGACCCCUACCACAACAUCCUCGCGCAAGUCGUAGGCUUCAAAUACGUCAGGCUAUACCCACCCGGGCAGACUGAAUUUCUUCAUCCUCGGGGGCUGGAAGAGAAUGGAGUUGAUAUGAGUAAUACUUCUCAAAUAGAUUUAGAUGAAGCUAUGCAUCUAUUUCCUAGGCUGUCACCUUUCCGGAGAGAAGGGGGGGGUGGAAGUCUGACUAAUCAUGAAGAGUGGGAAAUGGGUGAAGGUGAGGAAGGUGAGCAAAUUGCCUUCGAAGAGCAAUUUCCAGGCUUCCGGAACGCGAUAUAUGUUGAGGGCAUGCUGGCGCCAGGAGAAUGUCUGUAUAUCCCAGAGAAAUGGUGGCAUUACGUGCGGAGCCUGAGCCCGAGUUUCAGUGUUAGCUUUUGGUUCAACUAA